AUGUGGGAUAAACCAAUGCUUCUGGCUUGGGGAAUAGCUGAUAAAUACUUGCCUCAGUCUAUAGCAGAGGAAUUUGAGAAGCAGAACCCUGAAAAUGUCAAGCUUCGACUCAUCAUCGAAGGUGUUGGACAUUUGCCUCAGGAAGACUGGCCAGAGAAAGUUGUUACUGUCCGAGGGUUUUUCUUGACUUCGAAAUUCAUCAAACAAGGACAAAGGUAA